AUGACCGUCACCAUGGCGUUCAUGGUCUGUGGCGCCAACUCUGAUCUCUUUGGCCGACGCUGGUUCAUCCUCAUGGGCAACGUCCUCAUGUUCAUCGGCUUCAUCGUCGCCGGCACCGCGCGCAACAACACCUCCGUCAUUGUCGGCAACGCCUUUAUCGGAUUUGGCGGUGGUAACGCGCAGCUGGCUGCCUUUGCGCUCCCCGAGCUGCUACCCAACAAGUGGCGCCAUUCGGCCAUUGUACUCGCGGACAUUGGUGUCUACUUUGCCGUGCUCGUCGGUCCAGUGGCCGGCCGCUUCGCAGCCCAGCACGGUGACAACUGGCGUUGGCUCUUCUACGGUCCUGCCAUCGCCGUCGUCUUCUCGUUCGUGGGUCUCUUUUUCUUCUACUUCCCGCCCCGUCAUCCUCGCGGUCUGCCAACCAAGCGCGCCCUGCGCGAACUCGACUAUGUCGGCUCCGUGCUCUUCAUCCUCGCCACGACCCUCAUCCUCGUCGGCAUCGUCUACACGACUACACUGCCCUCUUCGAACCCAAAGGUCAUCGGCACGCUGUGCGCCGGCUUCGGGUGCCUCGUUGCCUUUGCGCUCUGGGAGACCUUUGCGCCGCUCAAGCAGCCACUCACGCCGACACGCAUCUUCACCCGCGACCACGGCCGCGAGCUCACGGCGCCGUUUGUCGUGGGUUUCGUCGUCACCAUGUUCUACUACUGCCUUAACGUCGUGUACCCGACCAUGAUUGCCGUCUUCUUCACCGACGAGAACACGUCCUUCCGCUACGCGGCCGUGCUCACGCUCCCGCAGAACUUAGGGCUGACUUUUGGCGCGGUGCUUCUCACUUGCCUCGGCUCCUGGAUCGGGCACUGGCGCUGGACGCUGACGGCGAGCGUGACCAUCAUGGUCGUCUUUGGCGCGCUCCUCGCCCUCGCCACGCCUGACCGCUUCGGCAUGGUGAUUGCCUUUAUUUUCCUGUCUGAGGUCGGCUUUGGCUGGGCGCAGUACUUGAGCAUCGCGUACAUCCAAUUCGGCACCGAGCAGGUUGAGCUGGGCAUAUCGGGUGGCCUGGCCGGCGUCGCGCGCUUCGCAGGCGGCUCCGUCGCCAUCUCCAUCUACCAGACCAUCCUGUCGAACGUGCAGGGCAACGCGGCGGCGCGCCUCGUCCCCAAGGCCGCCAUCGCGGCAGGCCUGCCUGCGUCGUCGGCGGCCGAUCUGCUGGCGGCCUUCCCGCUCGGAUCGGCGGCUAUUCAGCAGGUGGCCGGUAUCAGUGACGAGAUUGUGGCCGCGGCGUCCGAGGCGUGGAAGCAGAGCUAUGUCCAGGGGUUGAGGACGACCUGCCUGUCUUCGUUGAGCUUUGGCAUUGUCGGCAUCAUUGCUUGCCUCUUCUGUCAGGAUAUUGAGCACAAGAUGAACAACAAGAUUGAGAUUUUCUUGGAGAACGACGAGAAUGCCGACAAGAACAGGUUCCACUGA